CACACGAGUCCGCAGUGACGGGUUGCGCGCGUGCGUUUGCGCGCACGCGGGUGCUGUUAUAAUUUCACGUCACAUCAAGUUUUAUCCCCGGUCUCUCGCGGUCCGAUAGGUUGAUCCGCUCCGCUGUCCUGAAUUGAGAAGCUCGGCAAAGUAUAGCGCCUUGCUUUCAUCCUGCAGCUAGAAUGCACCUCUACAGCAUCGCGUGAGUGAGUCGGUUCACAUCUGGCGAAUUUUGUUGUCGCCCUCGCGCCCGGGUCUGGAUGUUUCGCGCGAGCUGAAGAAUUUUAGAGGUCGGAGUAAAAAUGCGUCGUAAGGCGCACGCUUGCGUCUUGCUACUGCUCUGGCUGAUGUUGCAAACCCAGGCGGGCUUUCCAAACCAGAUCAAUAUCGGUGGUCUCUUUAUGCGCUCCACGGUCCAAGAGCACAGUGCGUUCCGCUUUGCCGUGCAGCUUUAUAACACCAAUCAAAACAUCACGGAGAAACCCUUUCAUCUGAAUUAUAACGUGGACAACCUGGAGUCAUCCAAUAGCUUCUCUGUUACGCACGCUUUCUGUUCUCAGUUCUCAAGGGGCGUAUAUGCAAUAUUUGGAUUUUACGACAGGAGGUCAAUAAACACGAUAACAUCGUUCUGCGGAGCUCUACACACAUCCUUCAUCACUCCAUCUUUUCCCACGGACACAGAUGUGCAGUUUGUGUUGCAGAUGAGGCCGAGCCUCCGAGGGGUGCUGCUCAGCUUGCUAGCCCAUUACAAAUGGGAGAAAUUUGUCUACCUGUAUGACACUGAUAGAGGGUUUUCCAUUCUGCAGGCCAUAAUGGAGUCUGCAGUAAUAAAUAAUUGGCAGGUGACGGCACGUUCAGUGGGCAACAUUGUGGAUCCGCUGGAAUAUAGACGGAUUAUUGAAGAGAUGGACCGACGGCAGGAGAAACGUUUUCUUAUCGACUGUGAGGUUGAACGUAUUAACAGUAUUCUAGAGCAGGUUGUGAUUUCAGGAAAGAACAGUCGAGGAUAUCAUUACAUCCUAGCUAAUCUUGGAUUUUCUAAUAUAAGUUUGGAUAAGGUGUUCUCAGGUGGUGCUAACGUAACCGGCUUCCAAAUUAUAAAUCCUGAAAGUCCAAUUGUGCAGCAGUUUCUCCAGCGCUGGGAACGACUCGACGAGAGAGAGUUUCCUGAGUCUAGAAACACGCCUCUGAAGUACACCUCUGCGCUGACUCAUGAUGCCAUCCUGGUGAUAGUGGAGGCAUUUCGGUAUUUGAGGCGUCAGCGUGUGGAUAUUUCCCGUCGAGGGAGUGCGGGUGACUGCCUUGCCAAUCCAGCUGUACCAUGGAGCCAGGGAAUCGACAUUGAGAGAGCUCUCAAAAUGGUACAGGUUCAGGGUAUGACGGGAAAUAUUCAGUUUGACUCAUUUGGACGAAGAUCAAAUUACACCAUUGAUGUUUAUGAGAUGAAACCUGGAGGAGCCAGAAAGAUUGGCUACUGGAAUGAAUAUGAGAAAUUUGUUUAUAUAGUGGAGCAGCAGGUUACCAACGAAUCCUCCUCUGUGGAAAACAGAACCAUUGUGGUCACUACUAUUAUGGAAGCUCCCUAUGUAAUGUACAAGAGGAAUUAUAUGCAGUUGGAUGGGAAUGAGCGGUAUGAGGGCUAUUGUGUAGACUUGGCAUCAGAAAUCGCCAAGCAUGUGGGCAUAAGGUACAAACUGUCCAUUGUGGCUGAUGGGAAGUACGGAGCACGCGACCCUGAGACCAAGACCUGGAACGGCAUGGUGGGGGAGUUGGUAUAUGGGAGAGCAGAUAUAGCUGUGGCACCCCUCACUAUAACCCUUGUCCGGGAGGAGGUGAUAGAUUUCUCUAAGCCAUUCAUGAGUCUGGGCAUUUCCAUCAUGAUCAAGAAACCACAGAAGUCCAAACCUGGAGUCUUCUCCUUCCUGGACCCCCUGGCCUAUGAGAUCUGGAUGUGUAUCGUAUUUGCUUAUAUCGGCGUGAGUGUGGUUCUCUUCUUGGUGAGUCGUUUCAGUCCAUACGAAUGGCACCUGGACGAGAACGAAGAGGCAAAGGAUCCGCAGUCACCACCUGACCCACCCAACGACUUUGGCAUCUUUAACAGUCUCUGGUUCUCACUUGGAGCUUUCAUGCAGCAAGGAUGUGAUAUCUCACCAAGAUCUCUGUCUGGGCGCAUAGUUGGUGGGGUAUGGUGGUUCUUCACGCUGAUCAUCAUUUCAUCCUACACUGCAAAUCUAGCCGCUUUUCUUACUGUGGAAAGAAUGGUGUCGCCUAUAGAGAGUGCAGAAGACCUCGCCAAGCAGACCGAGAUCGCCUAUGGGACCCUUGACUCCGGUUCCACCAAAGAGUUCUUCAGGCGUUCCAAAAUAGCUGUCUAUGAGAAGAUGUGGUCUUAUAUGAAGUCAGCUGAGCCAUCUGUGUUCGUGAAAACGACCCCUGAUGGAGUGGCUCGUGUGCGCAAGUCUAAGGGAAAGUUUGCCUUCCUGCUUGAGUCUACAAUGAACGAAUACAUCGAGCAGAGAAAGCCGUGCGACACAAUGAAGGUGGGAGGGAACCUGGACUCAAAGGGCUACGGCGUGGCCACGCCCAAAGGGUCGGCAUUAAGAAGUGCUGUAAACCUGGCGGUGUUAAAGCUGAAUGAGCAGGGCCUGCUGGACAAGCUGAAAAAUAAAUGGUGGUACGACAAGGGAGAGUGCGGCAGCGGGGGAGGUGACUCGAAGGAUAAGACCAGUGCGCUGAGUCUCAGUAAUGUGGCUGGUGUGUUCUAUAUCCUGGUGGGGGGUCUGGGUCUGGCCAUGACUGUGGCUCUGGUGGAGUUCUGCUAUAAGUCGCACCAGGAGACCAAACGACUCAAACUUGCCAAAAAUGCCCAGAACUUCAAACCAGCUCCUCCACCUACUGCGCAGAGUUUCACCACAUACAGAGAAGGCUAUAAUGUCUACGGAACAGAGAGCGUCAAAAUAUAAUGAUUGGAAGCCUGUCCCUUGCUGAUCAUGUCAUAUGUGGCAUGGGAUGGAUUCUCUGUCUCUUUGAGUCGACUGCGAUACCCUUUAGAAAGUGGACACACCCAUUCAAAACUCAUCUCACUGGAACACACUUCUACUCGACUCUGACAACAACCUGAACCAAUUUUCACGUGACAGACUAUCGGAUGGACCAACCACCUGCCACCCUCUCUCAGUGCCUUAUUGAACCACUGACAAAACGUCAAAAACAAGCAGACCAUCUCACCAAAGCCCUGGAGAUGUCUUGCUGGGUGCUAAGUCUGAAAUCAUAUUCAUUAUUCUUAUUAUGAGAGAAAGAGAGAGAGAGAGAGAGAGAGAGAGAGAGAGAGAGAGAGAGAGAGAGGGUUUGGUUUGGUUUAUCUCACUAUAAGUGAUGACAGUGUUUUCAUGAGUGACAGUCAGCUAGUCUCCAUGGCAACUCACACCAAAAGCAGUAUCUGCAGAAAAACAUUUUAUGCAAACUGUAGAAAAUAUUUUUAAAGGAGUCUGUCUGUUCAUUAAUUUAUUGUUGAAAUACAUUGCAGAAAUCUGUUGGUUUAAAAUGUUGUUCUGUGAUUCUAUGUCUUGAACAUUAUGUCAUAAGUAAGGUAAAUAAUAAUUUUAGACACUUUAUGGCAUCAGAGAUCUAAUGGUCAAAAAUGUUUCCUUUUCAAAAUGUAUAGGUUUUUUCAACUUUUAGUUCAUCAUUUUGUGUUCAUCUUGGUUUUGAGGGAAUGUUGUAACCACAGGCUGUGCAUGAGUGUGUGUGCAUCUAUUUAUGUGUGUUUCGCGAUCUGUAAUCUAAACCCAACAAGGGUGUAAAUGUACUUGGCAUAUUGCUUUAUUAACAAAAAAAUAUAACAGCACAUUCAUUAAUCAUCUUUAACAGGUUAAAAAACAUCAAGAGAGUCUUUUACCCCAUUUAGAUCAGUUUGUUUUUCAGUCAAGCUUAGGAAACACAAAAAGGUAUAAAUUCAAAGUUUAAUAGUUGGUAAUAGUUCUAUUUAUUUUAAAAUACUUCAAUAAAAUAAAAAUUUUAUUGUCACCUAAAUAAAUUAUGAUCUCUGUUAUCACACUGACAGACAAAAAGAAAAAACUUUGUUUAAAUUGUUUGCACUUGUUUAGAUGGUACAUGCAUUUUUAUUUAGAAAAUUUUAUAUAAAUUAUUUGUUUUAUUUAUAAUGAAAACUGCAUAUAGCGAUAAAAACAGCUUUACCCUCUAUAAAGCCUCUUUUUGCCACCCCUCUGACCAGCCCUACUUCACCCCUCCUCCCUAA